GCAACGCCCUCUCCACGCUGUGCUUUGCCUGAGAAGCCAGACUACGCAGCAGGUUGAUGCGUUUUCAGUGCCGUCUGCCAGUGUAGAUAAUGAAAGGCGGGUUAUGAAAUUUUAAAUCACGGUUAUUUUAUCUUUCAGUCUCAGAGCUCUAUUAAAUUACGACAGAAUGACGACGACCACGACAUUUCAAGGGUUGGAAGCCGGUUCCAAAAGCAGCUCCAGAGUUUCAAACCCUCCAGGUGGCGCAUCAAACAUUUCUUUCGGCACAGAUGAGGACAAACCCCCUGUACGGAAAAAUAAGAUGGCCUCCAAUGUGUUUGCUGAGCCAGAGGACCCCUAUGCCCAUCGAAGGAACAACCCUCCCGGGGGCAAGCCCACAGGGGUUCUGUGUGGUGAGUCCUCUGCCCCAUUGAGAAGAGGACUGAACCACAACGCCAACCACUCUGCAGAUCCAGCCAGCACGGUAUGGUUCCUGUUGUGCUUGUGUGCAGUCCACAGUACAGAACCUGAGGCCAUCUCGGAGCCGCCCAAGGAGGAGCCCCCGCUGGCAGAAGCACCCGCCGCUGGAGCCACCUCCGGCCGCAGGAACCCCCCAGGAGGGAAGUCCAGCCUCAUCCUGGGCUGAGCCUCAGCCCGCCCCCUGCCUGGCCUCGUCUCAGACCCCUCGUGCCGCUCUUUAUUUCAUAUGUAUAUGGCCUGCUUGUUUUGAUACGAACAUGUUGCAACCCCUCAUGUGUCCCUCUGAUUCUAGCCGGAUCACGGAUCCCAUCCAGAACCAUGCGCAAUGCUCAAUGUUUUGAUACCUCCUUUCUACAUUUUUAUUUAGUAUUUAGUUAUUAUUUAUUUAUACUUUUUCAGAAGCACUUUAUGUAUCUUGAUGUUUGAAGCCUGUCCCCAUGGUGCGUUAGAGCUACUUGACAGGGCAUGGGGUUUACAUUACGUGUGUCUUCUGCCAACUAACCCCAAAAACGAACCCCAAUAUAUUUGUAGUUACUGCACAAGAGCCAAGUAAAGUCAUGGCAACCUGCUCAAUGCGAAGAAAAUCGACCACGAAGUCCAUUGCUUUUUUGCUGUUUUUUUGCUCCAUGUUUAAACUUGUUCCAACCUGCAUGUGUGUGUGUUCUGUUGUGUAUGAAUAUGAGAAGAAGAAGAAGAAGAAGAAGUAGAAGAAGAAAAAACGGUGACAAUUUAAUUUAAACUGCUGGAUAACUUUUGUUGUUUUUUGUUUAUAGUACAUUUAUGUGGUUUCAUUGCAUUAAAUGAGACUUUUCUACUGGUGUGUGUUCACACGGUAGCAAAAAAGACAUAAUAGCUGUCAUUCUGUCCUCAGUUUAUUAGGGCCCAUGUAAAGUGGGGAAAGGGAAUUGGCCUUUUGUAUUUUCUCUUUCCCCUAGAAUAGCCUAUUUUAACCUCAGUGCCAGUUGUUAAUGACAUGUGUUUUUAUAGGUGUGCCCUAACUAUAACAAUUGGUGCCAGGAUGUGUGAUACAGGCUACAAAAUCAAAACUGUGUUGGGUUUCCCAAAAGCACCAUGACAAUGCUUGUCCCUUCAUCCCAAUUAAUUGAAGUAACAAUCUGCCAGAAAUGGCUGAACGUUUCUGGAAAACUUAGCCCGGAUUUGACAAGUGACCUUACGACAGCUCAGCCUUUUUAAGUGUUUUCCCUCGGCUCCAAAAAUGGUCUUCUGUUUCUCACCAACCCUAGCUCAUUGUUGGUGCAACACUCCUUUGGUAAAUUAUCUGUGGUUUUUCAUUACCUGAGGCUUACAAACCAGAGGUCGUUUUCAUUCCAGCUUGUGUCAGUCCGUCACGGGCCAUCAGUUAUUCAUGAGACGCAACAGGUUAAUAAUGAGGGGUAAAUGAAAUGUGGCAUAGGUAAAGGAAAGUACUGUGGACUCUUUGCAUCCUAUGUCAAUUCAAUGCUGGAUGUGAUUAUUACAAAAAAAAAGAUUGGCACGUUGAAAAAUAAAUGUAAUUUCUGAUCAGCAUUUCUUUCUUCAAGGAGUUUUUUGUUUCAUAAUGGUUAAGGACCGUAACGGGGGCAGGCUGUAUGGGGGUUGGUACUACCGCGUAUUCAUAACGAAACCGAAAAAAAUAUAACGUUACAGUAAACAUCGGUCUCAACACGAACGGCUGCUUGCGGGAAAACUGCUUCUAUUGAACAGAGAUCAUGGCCUCUUGGACAUGCUUGCUGUUCUUGACCCUUUUCCGCAUCACUUCUGGAUCUGAUUGCAGUUUUGUAGCACUGGAGUGUAACGAGCACAGCCAUGGAUGGUUAGGCCAGCAGUCAUUAUUGGAGUGCAUUGUGAAGGGAACGGUGCCAAUCGAGAUCACAAAGAUCAUUUGGAGUAGGCCUAAUGUAACGACCGCUUUAAUAAUAUACCAAGAUGGCAACUUAAAUUAUACGCAAGGCUUUACAUUGGCCGAACCAAGUUGGAAUGAGACCAACAUGAACGUCUCGAUGCUUUUGAACAACCCCAUGAAAGCAGACAUUGGAGACUACACGUGCUUAGUGAAGACCAAUCGAGGCUUUUGUAGCAGCUCAAUCACCCUUGAUCUCUCAGCCAUCGAUAGCAGUCCGACCAUCGGAGUGACUGAAAGCCUCCAGAAGUUUUCGACUCUUUCCUGCAAUGAUGGUGUCUGUCAUCCGGAUCGGAUAAUCGAUCCACAUCCAGAAUCACAAUUGGCCUACAAAGUAGUACCCCCUGUGGUCGUGGUUUUACUGAUCAUAGGACUGCUGUUCUUCCUGAAAAGACAAUGCAAUAAACGUACACAUGAAGAAAUUCCCACAGACAACCAAGAUCUAUGUAAUGGCGAACAUCAACCACACCAGGUCUGAGGGACUGUGCCAAACUGUUGUCUAUUGAAGACAAAGAGCGAGUGAGAGUUCCUGGAGGAAGAGUUACAUUUAAUGUAAUUUUGCAACCAAUGCUAAUUUCAUGCAGCAUCCAAAGAAAUUCCUCAGUUCUCUAACUAACUAAUUGUAACUAAGUGUGCAGCCUUUAUAACAUCCAAAGGGUGUGUUGACACGGCUUGGUAGCACAAUAAGACAAGACAACCAAAUUUUUCGCCAAACCAGUCCCAACUCUUCGAAUGAAAUGAAUAAGCUAAGUCUAAAAUUAUCUCUUUAAGCUAAAAAGGAUGUAUGUUACGAUGAAGAAUUGGAGAGAUACAACAUAAAUUAACUGAUGAUGACAUCUGCACUUAAAAUGAGCAGAAUAAUUAUUUUUACUGAACUGCUUUCUAAAAAUCUUUAAUACUAAAACACCAGAUAAAUAAGUUUGUAUAAUAUUAAAUGUAAAUACUUAGUUGGUAUAACGUAACAUCAGUCUAUGUAAAAAAAACAUUAGCACUUGUGUUGUAAUUUUUUUAAAGGAUUUUGUUUGGAUGUAAAAGGAAGCAUUUGAUGCUAUUUUUGAAUCACUGUGACACUAUUUUAACAAUGUUUAAAUGCCAGCGUUUGUAGCAAGCUCAAAGCCUGGUUUGACUGGCUUCUGAACAGAUUGUGAUGACCUUUAAGGACAGAGAUGUCAAUGCUCCAUUUGCCACAAAUGCAAUAGCUUAACAGAAAAAAAUGAAUGGAAUGUGAAAUCAGUUUCUGCAAGGGUAAUUUGUUGUGCAGGAAAAAAACAAAUCAAGAGACUUUUGUGAAUGUUUCACUAAUUAAUUAAACAGAUAUAUAUAAA